AUAAAGCCGCCUCCCUCUGUCUUUCUUCUCCUUCUUUCUUCCUAUUUCUCGCCUCUCUUUCUCGCUUAAAUCUUUGUCCUUCUUCUCGGAUCGAUCGGUCGGUAGGUGGCGGCGAUGGCGGGAGCAAGGGAGGAGAACGUGUACAUGGCGAAGCUGGCGGAGCAGGCGGAGCGGUACGAGGAGAUGGUGGAGUUCAUGGAGAAGGUCGCCGGGGCGGCGGUGGAGGGGGAGGAGCUCACGGUGGAGGAGCGCAACCUCCUCUCGGUGGCUUACAAGAACGUCAUCGGCGCCCGCCGCGCCUCGUGGCGGAUCGUGUCGUCGAUCGAGCAGAAGGAGGAGAGCCGCGGCAACGAGGACCACGUCGCCGCCAUCCGCGACUAUCGGGCCAAGAUCGAGACCGAGCUCACCGACAUCUGCAAGGGGAUCCUCAAGCUCCUCGAAGUCAGCCUCAUCCCCUCCGCGUCCGCCGCUGAGUCCAAGGUCUUCUACCUCAAGAUGACGGGCGACUACCAUCGCUACCUCGCCGAGUUCAAGACCGGCUCCGACCGCAAGGAUGCCGCCGAGAGCACCCUCUCCGCCUACAAGUCCGCCCAGGAAAUUGCGGUGGCGGAGCUGUCCCCAACGCACCCGAUCCGGCUGGGCCUGUCGCUCAACUUCUCGGUGUUUUACUACGAGAUCUUGAAUUCACCGGACCGGGCAUGUGCUCUUGCGAAACAGGCAUUUGAUGAAGCAAUUGCAGAACUGGAUACACUUGGCGAGGAAUCUUACAAAGAUAGCACCCUUAUCAUGCAGCUUCUUCGAGAUAAUCUUACCUUGUGGACUUCAGACAUGCAGGAUGAUGGGGUAGACGAGAUCAAAGAAGCACCCAAGCAUGAUGACGAACAGAAGUAGUAGGUAUGAAAUUGGAUCCUCAUUGCUGAUCGAGGGUCCCUCUGAUUGGUCGUACUUAUAUUAUAGGAGAGAGAUGGAUAUUAGUUGUUUGUCAGUGGGUUUGAUCUCUUGACAUUCCAUUUCUCACUAAUCUGCUGCCUCCUGGAGUGUCAUCCUGUUUGUGUUCUUGGCUUGUCUUUCUUCUUGUUCUCUUAAAUAUGAAUCCUCUACUUUUAUGUGCUCCUUUUAUCAUCAUUAGGUCUGCUGUUGUGUUUGAAUUUGAAAAUGCAAGACUCUAAUAUGCUGGCCAGCGAAAGUCCCCUUUUUAUGGGAUUCAAUGGCUUUCUGCAAUGAUAUGCAAUGAGAGACUUCAUCUCAUGUUCUUUUAAUGGAAUACCUUAUAUAAUU